AUGGCACAUACAGUUACAGCGUGCUAUUUGGCACUUACUUCUGUCAUCAUGUUGCUGUUGGUUAAAGCAAAAAUAGAUGUGUGCAAGAGGGGUGAUGUGACUGUGGAGCCCUCCCAUGUGAUUUUGUUUGGAUCAGCUGUCAGUAUUUCAUGCUCUCUGAAGCCCAAACAAGGCUGCUCUCGAUAUUCCAGUUUUAACAAGCUAAUCCUCUACAAAGUCCACCAAAGGAUCAAGUUUGCUCAGGCCCAGUCCCUCAGUUUUCAGGUCUCAGAUCUUCCUCUGGGUACAACACUGUUUGUCUGCAAACUGGCCUGUAGCAGUCGUGAGGAGAUUCGAAUAUGUGGGGCAGAGAUCUCAGUUGGCGUUGUUCCAGAGCAGCCCCAAAACUUGUCUUGUACACAGAAGGGAGAACAUGGGACUGUGGCCUGUACCUGGGACAGAGGACGAGACACCCACCUAUAUACUGCGUACACUUUACAGCUAAAUGGACCAAACAAUUUAACUUGGCAGAAGCAAUGCAAUGAUAAUUGUGACCAUUUGGACCUUGGAAUCAACCUAAUUCCUGAAUCAUCUGAAUUCAGUUACACAGCCAGGGUUAUUGCUGUCAAUCGUCUUGGAAGUGCUUCUUCAUUUCCAACUACAUUCACAUUCUUGGACAUAGUGAAGCCUCUUCCUCCGUGGGACAUCAGAAUCAAAUUUAUAAAUGCUUCUGUGAGCAGAUGCACUCUUUGGUGGAGAGAUGAGGGGAUGGUGCUGCUUAACCGGCUCAGAUAUCGGCCCAAUAACAGCAGGUCCUGGAAUAUGGUUAAUGUUACAAAUGCCAAAGGAAGACAUGAUUUGUUGGAUCUGGAACCAGUUACUGAAUAUGAAUUUCAGGUUUCUUCUAAGCUACAUCUUUAUAAAGGUAGUUGGAGUGACUGGAGUGAAUCAUUAAGAAUACAAACACCAGAAGAAGAGCCUACUGGAACAUUAGAUGUCUGGUACGUGAAACAGAACAUUGACUACAGUAAACAACAGGUUUCUGUUUUCUGGAAGAAUCUGAGUGUAUCGGAGGCAAGAGGAAAAAUCCUCCACUACCAGGUGACUUUGCUGGAGGCGGCAGGGGAGAAAGCCACACUACAGAACAUCACAGAACAUACCUCCUGGACCUGGGUCAUUCCCAGAACGAAGAACUGGGCUGUGGCAGUGUCUGCAGCUAACUCAAAGGGCAGUUCCCUGCCCACUCGUAUUAACAUAACGGACCUGUGUGGGGCAGCGUUGUUGGCUCCUGGCCAGGUCUCUGCAAACUCAGAGGGCACGGACACCAUUAUGGUGGCAUGGGAACCUCCUGAGAAAGCUGCCUCUGCUGUGCACGAGUACGUGGUGCAAUGGAGGGAGCUGCAUCCAGGGGGCGACGUGUGGCCCCCUCUAAACUGGCUACGGACUUCCCCCUACAACGUGUCUGCUUCGAUUUCAGAGAACAUAAAACCCUACAUCUGUUACGAGAUCCGCGUGCAUGCACUCUCGGGGGACCAAAAAGGAUGCAGCUCCGUCCGGGGUAACUCUAAGCAUAAAGCACCACUGAGUGGCCCUCACAUUAAUACCAUCACAGAGGAAAAGGGGACCAUUUUAAUUUCAUGGGAUGAAAUUCCAGCCCAGGAACAAAUGGGCUGCAUCCUCCGUUACAGGAUAUACUGGAAGGAACGGGACUCCAGUUCCCCGCCUCAACUUUGUGAAAUCCCCUGUGGGGUCUCUCCAAAUUCCCACCCAAUAAGCGGCCUGCAGCCCGGAGUGACAUACGUCCUGUGGAUGACAGCGCUGACGGCCGCUGGCGAAGGCCCCCAAGGAAAUGAGAUGGAAUUUUGUCUGCAAGGAAAAGCCAACUGGAGCACAUUUGUGGUACCAAGCAUCUGUACUGCUGUCAUCAUGGUGGGCAUUUUCUCAAUGAGUUAUUUCCGGCAAAAGGUAUUUGUCCUCCUUUCAGGCCUCAGACCUCAGUGUUGUAGCAGACAAAUUCCAGACCCAGCAAACAGCACUUGGGCCAAGAAAUAUCUCAUUGUGGAGGAGAAGAUGCAGCUGCCCUUGGACAGGAUCCUAACAGACUGGCCCACUCCAAAAGAACCUGAGCCCCUGGUCAUCAGUGAAGUCCUUCAUCAAGUGACCCCAGCCUCCAGACAUCUCGUUCACCACAACUGGCCAGAAAAGGGAAAAGGAGUCCAAGGUCACUAUUCCUCUAAGGAAGAUACAGGGUACAGUGCCUCAGGCUCACCACCUCCAAGAACUCUCACAGCAGAGACAGGACAGCUAGUGGAUCUGUACAAGGUGCUGGGGAGCAGGGGCCCUGACUCAAAGCCAGGAAACCCAGUAAGCCCCUUGCCAGUCCUCCCAGUGGACUACCUUCCCACCCAUGAGGGCUACUUACCCUCCAACAUAGAUUAUCUCCCUUCACACGAGGCUCCUGUAACUGAGCCCCUGGAAGAACUGGAGCCCCAGCACAUCUCUCUUUCUGUUUUCCCCUCAAGUUCCCUACACCCGCUCACCUUCUCCUGUGGUGAGAAGCUGACUUUGGAUCGGUUAAAGAUGGGGUGUGGCUCCCUCAUGCUUUGA